AUGGCUCAAUUCAAACCCGUCGAGAAGCUCUUCACCAACCUCAAGAACAAGGUCAUUGUCGUCACAGGUGGAUCAACCGGCAUAGGCGCAGCUACAGUCCGGAUCCUAGGCCAACAAGGCGCCCACAUCCACUUCGGCGACAUCAACGCCUCCGCCGCCGAAGACCUCACAAAGGAAGUCCCAUCCUCCAGCUUCGUGCAAUGCGACGUGACCAAAUACAACGACAUCUACAGCCUCUUCAAGAAAGCCCACGACAAACACGGCCGCAUCGACCACGCCAUCUCCUGCGCGGGGAUCUUCGAAUCGGGAAACCUCUACGACCCGAAACUUACCAUUGAGACUGUAGGCCAGGAACCGGCUAAUACCAAGACUUUGGACGUGAAUCUCCUCGGCUCGGUCUACUUCUCGCGCAUCGCGGCCGUCUUCCUGCGCACAGAUCUCAAGAAAGGCGCGGAGGACAAGUCCCUUCUUCUCCUCUCCUCCGUCAACGCCUGGCGCGAAAGCCCCGGCCUCUUCACAUACCAAGCCUCCAAACACGGCAUCCAAGGCCUCCUCCGCUCCUCCAGGAAAACUCUCUUCGAACGAGACGGGCUUCGCGUGAAUGCCGUCUGUCCCGGCGUGACAGACACUCCCCUCGCGGACGCCGUGAUAGGCGCGUUCAAAGACAACAACUUGUAUUGGCAGACGGCGGAGAGCGUGGCGAAGAUUGUGGUGGGGCUGUUGGCGACGGAGGAGAUUCAUGGGAAGGCGUAUUAUAUUGAGGGAGGUGAUGCGUGGGAGGUUGAGGAUGGGAUUUAUAAGGAGCAGCCGAGGUGGUUGGGGGAGGAGGCGACGAGGAGGAUGAGGAUUAAUGCUGAGGCUGUGCAGAAGGGAGCAUUGGUGCCGAAGGGUAACAAGUAG